AUGGUCGCGCUGAUGGGGCCCUCUGGGGCUGGCAAGACGACCCUGCUGAACCGCAUCGUGGGCCGCCAGGUCUCAGGAGUCACCGAAGGCGACAUCCUCUAUGAUGGCCAUCCCCUUUCCAAGGUGCGAAGCAGCGUGGGAUACGUCACCCAGGAUGACAUCAUGUACGAGACCCUGACCCCUCGCGAGAACUUGACGUUUGCAGCGGCCUUCAUCCUGCCCAAGCUUUCCAAGGAUGAGCGCAGCAAGGUGGUUGAAGAUGUCAUCGACAAGUUGAACUUGAGGAAGUGUGCCGACACCGUGGUCGGCUCCCCAGGCCUGGUCCGAGGCAUCUCCGGUGGCGAGCGGAAGCGUACCAACGUUGCGCUCUCUUUGAUUGGAAGCCCCUCCCUGCUGCUCUUGGAUGAGCCGACCAGCGGCUUGGACUCCAAGAUGUCGGAUUCCCUGAUCCAGGACGUGAAGCAGAUCGCGGAGCAGGGCUGCACGGUGAUCGCCACCAUCCACCAGCCCUCGGAGAACGUCUUCGCUCGAUUCGAUAAGGUCCUGCUGCUGGAGACGGGGGUGACCGCGUACUACGGGCCGGUGGGCAAUUUGCGCGGCUCCCUGCAGGGCUUCGGGUUCUUCUGCCCCGAGGGCGUGCCGCUGCCGGAGCUGCUGCUGGACGCUCUGGAGAGGCCCUCCGACCCGGAGGAGCGCAAGGCCCACGAGCUGCGGCUGCAGAACCUGCGGGGCCUCACCUGGACCAAGGCGGAGGCGUCGGCCGAUUCCGACGCGGCCGCAGGUGACGGCAAGAGCGGCAAAGGCGGCCCGGUCCAGGGGAAGCGGGCGGGGUUCUGCGGGCAGCUGGGGACCUUGUUCCACCGGGAGCUGGUGAACACCAGACGCAACAAGUCCCUGACGCUGGUGCGCGCCGUCCAGUCCGUCCUGUCGUCCGUGCUCAUUGGCUGGAUCUUUGUGCAGCUGGAGCGGAACCUGUCCGGCAUCCAGCCACGGCUGUUCUCCAGCUUCAUGCUGGUCUUUGCCCAGUUCCUGUUUGCAAUCCUGGGGGUGGUGAAUGCCUUUCCCGCAGAGCGGGCGGUGUUCCUGCGCGAGACCCAGGACAAGCUGUAUCAUCCGGCUGCCUUUUAUCUCGCGAAGAUGUGCAUCGACACCAUCUUGCAGAGCAGUUUCCCACUUCUGGUGCUGGCCAUCAGCUACCCCCUCAUCGGCUUGAACGGCGAGAGCGCCGAACGCGUCCUGCUUUUCUACGUGCUCAUGGCUGUGGUGUCCAACUGCGGGGCGGGGAUCGGCUUCAUGGUGUCUGCCGCGGUGCCCAGCGUGAGCAUGGGGCUCUCCAUCGCUCCUGGCCUGGUGAUGCCGCAGCUGCUGCUGGCGGGGAUCUUCAUCAAGGUCAAGGACCUCCCACAGCCCUUCAACGCGCUCAGCUACGUGAUGGUGGCGCGCUACGCCGUGCAAGCUACCAUGAUCAAUGAGUUCAACUGCGCAGAGAAGACAGGCUGUGAUGCGUCUUGGCGCACGAGUCCGGGCGAUCAAUGCGGCAACUCGCCCUGUGAUUUUUGCUGCACGGAUGAGGAGAUGCAAGGAUCUGGUGGCAUUUGCCCGGUGAUCACCUGCAACGAUGCUCUCCGGUCUAUUGGCAUGGAUGACAUUUGGCCAAUGGGCGACAACCAUGAGGAGACCCUCCUGUACAAUCUGAUGGCGUUGCUCAUUUUGAUGGUUUUCUUCCGGCUCCAAGGGCUAAACAUCCUCAUGAUGAGCUACAGGUACGCAACUACUGGCCGUUGUUUGCCUUGCAGCCUGUCCUGGCGCAAGCCAUCGGAAGUUUCAGUUUGA